CUAAAGUGACAGCAACAGCUGGUGGUUUUUCUUGUUUACGAAGAUUUUUGUUGAAAUAAUUUCCUAUGUUUGAAAAAUUGAAAUGUUGUUGCCGGCGCCUUAGUAGUUGGUGUUCUUUUUCUAGAAUUAUAUUUUUAAAUUUAGGUUAUCGCUUUGUUUUAAGCUCUAUAGCAGGGGAGUAAGACGGUUUGUCUUGAUUAGAUAGAUUUGGUUGGCCAGAGAACCUUGGCUAAGUAGUGCAUGACCAUUCUUCUCUGAAUCAGUAGAGGUGUUCUCUUUUUAUUAUGUCCUUCAUUACUUUGACUAAAGAAGGCUCUUAUAACAAACCGCAAAAUCACACCCGACUUUUCCAUCAGUCCAAUGACAGAUGCAUUUACUACAACAGGACCACAAACAAAAUCAUCACGCCAGCUUACGAAGGAAUACCAGAAAAUCUACUACUCAACUUUUUAGGAUGGCUGAUCCUCAUAACUUUAUUUGCUUGUUUGAGGAAACGAGCUUGGAACUACGGACGUCUAGCUCUUGUCCAGAAAAAUGAAGAAAGAUGGACUCAGAUAUUCUAUGGAACCACGGAUGAGGCAGUCGGUGCCACUGAAAUAAAUUCUCCAACUUCUCUCGACUCCUCUGUUCACUUGGACAGAGGAUUUUGUUCUUGGCUUGUUGCUAUUUUCAAAAUCAAAGAUGAAAAUAUUCUGGUGAAAAGUGGCCACGAUGCAGUUCAGUACUUAUCUUUCCAAAGACACAUUAUCGUUCUAGUCAGCAUAAUCACCUCUGUUUCUUUGCUUGUCGUUCUACCUAUAAACUACCACGGAAGUUACAUCGAAGGCAAUGACCAGCUUUUUGGACACACAACAGUCAGCAAUCUCAACCCUAACUCUUCUUGGCUGUGGGCGCAUGUCACUUUGGCACUCCUCUAUCUUCCAUUGGGCAUUUAUGUGAUGAGAUGUUUCUCAGUGAAUCUCAAGUUUGAAGACAGAGACACUGUCUCUAGGACUUUGAUGAUUUCGAAUAUUCCCCGGCGCAAUUGUGAUGCUGACGACCUUCAUCGACAUUUCAGGGAGGCCUAUCCUGAAUUAGAAAUUCAAGGGAUUCAACUAGCAUAUAACAUAAAGCGAGUGAGCAGUUUAGAUAAAGAAAGAGAAACUGUCCAUCAAGCAAAGAUCUUCUGUGAGAACUAUUUGAAAGACACUGGAAUCAGGUUGGAGAUGCGGCCCCACAUCUGCGGCAACUUGUGCUGCUGUAAUGUCCUGGGAUCCACCGUUGACGCCAUCUCUUAUUACUCGGAGGAGGAAAACCGACUUCAAGCGGAGGUGGAGACGGAGCGCGCUAUGGCGCUGAAACGGCCGCUGGGCGUGGUGUUUGUGACGAUGGAGUCGCUUCAGAGCGCCAAGAAGAUCUACGCCGACCAUCGACCCACCUGUCGCUGCUCCACCUCUCCCCCCUCCUCCUCGGUUAGCCGACGCCUCGAGCCUCACAACUGGCACGUGCAGUUUGCGCCAUCGCCUCGCGACAUAUGCUGGGAGAACCUAGCCGUACCAUCUCACAGUCUCUACUGGAAAGCUGUUCUCCUCAACUUCUGCCUGUUCAUCUUUCUGUUCUUCUUGACUACACCUGCAAUAUUUGUUAAACUGAUUGACACUUUCAAUGUACCGAAUCAGAUUGAAAAGAUGAGUGCAAUCCUAUCGGAGUUUCUGCCGACCCUGCUGCUGUGGACAGUGGCGGCACUUCUGCCCGUGAUCGUGUCGCACUCUGACGAGUGGCUCAGCCACUGGACGCGGUCCGAGCGCAACCACGCCAUCAUGCGCAAGACAUUCAUCUUCCUCCUCUUCAUGGUGCUCAUUCUACCCGCUCUCGGAUUAACUAGUGCCCAGGCUUUUGUGGAGUUUGCAAUUCAUGCCGGUGAUGAUAAAUACAGAUGGGAGUGUCUUUUCAUGCCUGACAAGGGAGCGUUCUUUGUCAACUACGUUAUUACCUCGGCCUUCAUUGGAACUAGUUUGGAAUUGAUCAGGUUUCCAGAGCUGUUUGUUUAUACCCUUCGACUCUGCAUUGCCCGAUCGAAGGCAGAAACUGCGAGUUUGAAAAAGACAAUUAUGUGGGAGUUCCCAUUUGGUCUUCAAUAUGCUUGGAUGCUUCUUAUUUUUGCAAUGACUUGCGUUUUCAGUCUCUCCUGCCCUCUGAUAACGCCUUUUGGUCUGUUAUACAUGGUGAUGAAGCACUGCGUGGACCGGUACAACCUGUACUUUGCGUACGGCCCGUCGAAGAUCAGCCAGCAGAUCCACACGACGGCCAUCAACUACGUGAUCGUGUCUAUCGUGCUGCUUCAGGCGAGCUUCAUGUCGCUGUCGCUGCUCAGGCGUGGCCUCAACGCCAUCUCGCUCUUCUCGCUGGUCGGCUUCAUUAUCACCAUCAUCGUCGCAGUCGCGCACUCCUUCUUCCGCUGCUGCGGCGCUUUCAGUCCCGUCUGUCAACAGAACGGACUAACCGUGGAGACAGUGAACAGUCCACGACACAGCGCGCUGCGUCAUCAGUUCGUACCGGACGUGCUGCAGCGGGGAGCGAUGACACCCGACCUGCAGCCGUCGCCUCUGCAGCUGCAGCUGCAGCCAGACCUGUUCAGCUGCACAGAGGGGAUGCAGCGCCACGCCUCCUACGGCACCGAUCACACCUUCCAGCCGCCGUCUGCUGUGGCGGGCGCCGGCGGCGAUCACGCCAGUCUCUACCAGAACUACGACGCUACCAACGCCACCGACGCAUAGGCCACUCUAACCCUCUUACUAACGAAGGAAGAGGAUUUCUUCAUCGGAUUCAGCUGGAUCCAUCUAGAGACCAAUCGAAAUUCUAAUCCUUAUCUCUUCACCUUGCCAAGGCUUUAACGAAGAAGGAGGAUCUCUUCAUCGGAUUUAGCUAGCAAGCUGGAUUCAUCCAGAGACCAUCCAAGAUUCGAAUCCUCAUUUCUUCAUCCAGUCAAGGCCCGUGUGCCUAGUGUAAGCUUGAGCUGCAUUGGAUCAGCAGGUGGUUGAACUUGGAAUGUAACACAUUAUAACAAAGUACCUUG